UUCCGCUGCACAGGUGAGUCGCGCGGGACGUCAUCGAGCAUGAAGGGAGGAAACUUCGUUCGUUAGCCAAGUUUUUCCUUCUGAACUGGGCUCAAAUUCGCGGAUACAGAUAUGUGUGAUUUCGACAAGCAGAAAGGCCCCGGGCGGCUGAUGAAGAAAGGAUUGACCCUCAUUGUCAUCGGUCAUGUUAAUUUCAUCCUGAGUGCCAUUGUCCAUGGCAGCGUGUUACGCCACGUAUCCAAACCCAGCAACGAGAUCUCGACAGAAUACACCGUGUCAAACAUCAUCUCAGUCACAUCAGGACUUCUGAGCAUUGCAAGUGGAAUCGUUGCAAUAUUGGUGUCAAGGAAUAUUACCAAUUCGAAACUGCACAUCGGUCUGUUAGUGAGCUCCUUCCUGAACGCCUUUCUCUCGCUGGCGUGUUUAGUGGGUCUGAUCUUGGCGAUCGGUAUGACCAUUUCAGCCGACGGAAGCACGCUCAUGAAAGGAUGCAAUUCCACUAACACGCCUGUGAAUGCACGAUCUCCGGUCAUCGUCAACUGUCCUUUCGAUGCCACCCGCAUCUAUGACACUACUCUUGCUCUGUGGUUCACCUGUUCUGCUUUCACUGCCCUGGAGGCUGGGCUGUCUGUGUGGUGCUUCAUUGUGGCUCUCCAGUUAAGAGGCAUCGGGCCCUGUGCUCAAACCUACCUCAAAGAGCAGCUGGAAGAGGAGGCUCUGGCAUCAGGAUCAAAGAUGGACCAAGACCGCACGACUCAAGGAGAGCGUCUCAUUGCCCAUCACUCCACCAGCGCUUAGACACAGUCCCAAGGUUGAGGUGGAAGUUUAAUUAAAUACGCAAUGGUGAAAAAGAUCAUAAUAGUAGUUUGCAUUCAUACGGAGUUACAUUCUGUUUUAAUUUGUGUUAAUUGAUAAUAGUAGAUCAUUUGAAGCACUGAGGUUAUGAUACAGACUGUAUGUCAGUUGAACUCCAAUCGGAUGGAUGUUUGGACAGUCCACACAAGCCGAAAACAUCACAAACGUGUUUUCUGAAACUGUAUCUGGACUUACAUUUAGUGGUUCUUGUUCACAUUGAAACAGCCAACUUGUUCGUAAUUUCAAAUUUAAGCAGUUCAUUUUUUUUAAUGGGAUGUUUUUGUGUUUGUGAUGGCAAAACACCAAAAAUAGUUGCUUUAAAGCAAUAGCUAAUGUGCCACAGACUGAGCUCUCUGUAGCCGGUAGUCAUUCAGCUAUUUCAGUAUGCAGUACAGAGAGUGUGCCAGCGCGUCGUGAGACAUGUUAAUAUGAGUCGGAUUUAAUGAGGUAGAGAAAAUCUCACAUUCACAGAUAAUCCAGUAGGAUUAAAGGUGUUAAAUAUUGACAUAGUGACUUGCCUGACACUAUCAAAGCAAAGGAAUUUCUCUCUACAUGAUGCAUUAUAGUUCAUUUCAAAAGUCUGUGUUUGUGAGUUUAGAGAACGAUCAUUUUGUUUUAUUCCUGACAGAUUACUCAUAUCUCCAUUCAGAGAGGUAAAGCAUUGCUGUCUACAUUACAUUUUAUUACUUUUUAACGCUGAAGUGUGUUGUUGUUAUAAGUGUGCGUCAUAUUUGAAUAAAGACACAUUCGUUUAAAACAGUU